AUGGAGCGGAGAGCCCUCAUCACCGGAAUCACGGGGCAGGAUGGCUCCUACCUGGCCGAGUUCCUCUUGGCCUCCGGCUACGAAGUGCAUGGCAUCGUCCGCCGCUCGAGCACCGAGGCCUCCGAGCGAAUCGAUCACAUCGCCGAUCAACUCGUGCUCCAUCAGGCCGACCUGCUCGAUCAACUCUCGCUCGUCCGCGUGCUUGAAGAAACCCGACCGACGGAAAUCUACAACUUGGCGGCCCAAAGCUUUGUGGCCACCAGUUGGGAACAACCGCUCCUCACCGGCGAGGUCACCGCGCUGGGCGUCACUCGCAUGCUCGAGGCCAUUCGCCUGGUCGAUCCUUCGAUCCGCUUCUACCAGGCCAGCAGCAGCGAGAUGUUCGGCCGCGUGCAAGAAGAACCGCAAACCGAGCGAACCGCCUUCUGGCCCCGCAGCCCUUACGGAGUGGCCAAAACUUACGGCCACUGGAUCACCGUAAACUACCGCGAAAGCUUCAACCUCUUUGCCUGCUCGGGCAUUCUGUUCAAUCACGAAUCGCCCCGGCGUGGAAAAGAGUUCGUCACCCGCAAGGUCACCGACGCCGCGGCCCGCAUCAAACUCGGCAAACAGAAGACCCUCAAGCUCGGCAAUCUAGAAGCCCUGCGCGAUUGGGGCUUCGCCGGCGAUUACGUCAAAGCCAUGUGGUUGAUGCUGCAGCAAGACGAACCGCAAGAUUACGUCGUCGGCACCGGCAUCAAACACUCGGUUCGCGAUCUGGUACUGCUGGCGUUCGAUCGGGUGGGCCUCGACCCCACGGAAUACAUCGAGAUUGAUCCCGCCCUGUUACGCCCGGCCGAAGUUUCAACCCUCUGCGGCGAUAGCAGCAAAGCCCGAGCCCAACUCGGUUGGACCCCCUCGGUCAACUUCGAACAGAUGAUCGCCAUGAUGGUCGAUGCCGACUUGGAACGCUUCGCCGGCCCCUAUCUUGCCGAGCACUUGCUCGAUGCGGGCGACCACGUUGUGGGUACAUCUCGUAGCGGCGCCUGGACGAAAGCCACCCCGCAAAGAGUCCGCGACAAUGUCUCGCUCCUCCAAUGGGAUAUUGGCGACCCCGCCCAACCCAGCCCCCAGGUAAUCGAGCAAAUCCGCGCCGCCGCGCCCGAUUGGAUCUUUCAUCUGGCCGCGCUUAGUGUUCCCCGCGAGUGCGGGCGCGAUACCCCCACCGAACAAGCCACCGCGGUGAACAUCGACGGCACCGCGCGGGUGCUCGAUCUGGCAGCCAAGCUAGGCGGCAACACCCGUGUGCUGUUCAUCAGUAGCAGCCACGUUUACGCCCCGCUUACAGAAAAAUCGCCCCCGCUCAGCGAAGAUGCCCCGCUGGCACCUCGCUCGGCCUACGGCAAAACCAAACUCGAGGCCGAAUCUCUGGUGACGGCCGCCGGCUCGAAGGGGCUCGACACCAUCACCAUUCGCGCCUUCCAGCACACGGGGCCCCGGCAAAGCACGCAGAUGAUGCUCCCCGAGUGGGCCGACCAGUUCGCCAGCUCUUCGACCGAUCCGAUCAAAGCCUACAACUGCGACACGUGGAUCGACCUGACCGACGUUCGCGACGUGGUCCGUGCCUAUCGCCUGCUGGCCGAACGGGGCACCCCGGGCGAAACCUAUAAUGUAGGGUCGGGCACCUGCCGCCGGACGGGCGAUAUCUUGAAGAUCCUGCAAGACAUGGCAGGCCCCAAUCGAGAGAUCGAAGAGCUGAAGCCCGGAGUGCACUACGACCCCGUGGCCAACAUCGAUCGGCUCGUUCGCACCACCGGAUGGCAGCCAGAUUUCAGCUUGGAACAAACCGUGGCCGACACCUGGGCAUACUUCAAGGGUAGUCAUCCUCACAAGGGCGGUCACGUGAAAAUCACCAUCGUCGGAACCGGCUACGUCGGCCUGGUCACUGGAACCUGCUUCGCCGAAACCGGCAACGAUGUGAUCUGUGUCGACAUCGACGCCAACAAAGUCGCCAUGCUCAGCCGCGGCGAGAUCCCCAUCUAUGAGCCCGGCCUCGGCGAAAUGGUUGAGCGCAACACCCAAUUGGGCCGCUUACGUUUCACCACCGACCUGGCCACCGCCUGCAACGAUGCCGACCUGCUGUACCUGGCCGUGGGCACUCCCAGCGCCGACGACGGAACCGCCGAUCUCUCGAAUCUGUGGGCCGUCGUCGAACAGGCCGCCCCGCACAUCGGCCCUAAAGCCAUCGUGGUCAUCAAAAGCACCGUGCCCGUGGGUACCAACGCCGGCGCCGCUUCCCGCUUCAAAGAACUCACCGGCCGCGAAGUCGACGUGGCCAGCAAUCCCGAGUUCCUCAAAGAGGGCGCAGCCAUCGACGAUUGCAUGAAGCCCGACCGCGUCGUGGUCGGCUGCCGUCGCGCGGAAGUCGGCGAGAAGCUCCGCGAGUUGUACGCGCCGUUUCUGCGAACCGAAAAACCUUUCCUGGUCAUGUCACCCGAGAGCGCCGAGAUGACCAAGUACGUGGCCAACGCCAUGCUGGCCACCAAGAUCAGCUUCAUCAACGAAAUGGCCAACCUGUGCGAGCUGAUGGCCGCCGACAUCGACGACGUUCGUCGCGGCAUCGGGCACGACGCCCGUAUCGGCUUCUCAUUCUUGUUCCCCGGCGUCGGCUACGGCGGAAGCUGCUUUCCGAAAGACGUUCGCGCACUCCGCUCGAUGGCCACCGCGCUGGGGGUCGACCCCCGCAUGCUCACGGCCGUCGAAGAAGUGAACGACAACCAGAAGUGCAUCGUCACGCAGAAGCUCAAGAAGCACUUCAAAGAUGACCUGGCCGGCAAGACAAUCGCCGUGUGGGGGCUCGCCUUCAAGCCCCGCACCGACGACAUCCGCGAGGCACCCGCCCUCACGCUCAUCGACCAGAUGCUCGCCGCCGGCGCCCGCCUGCAAGUGCACGACCCCGAGGCAGCCGCCAACGUGAAGGCCAUCUACGGCGACAAGCUCAGCUACGGCGAGAACCCCUACGACGCACUGCCGGGCGCCGACGCGCUGGCAGUGAUGACGGAGUGGAAAGAGUACGUCCACGUCGACCUAGCCCGGGUGGCCCACUUGAUGAACACCCCUGUGGUCUUCGAUGGACGCAACGUCUACUCUCGCGCCCGCAUGCACGAGGCCGGCUUCACCUAUUACGGCAUUGGUCGUAGCCCCGUGUUGCCUGCCUGA